AUGCAGGGCAACAAAAUCGCUACUACUGUAAAAACUAUUAUUGCGUUUGGAUUUUGCUUUCUCCCGAGCGUACAAGCAAACACUGUGAGCAAAGGCCCUCAACUAGGAUGGAAUAGUUGGAAUGCAUUCAAGCUGAAAAUCAAUGCAACGAUACUCAAAGAGACUGCUGACCAACUGGUGGCUUCGGGUCUUCGCGACGCAGGAUACGAGUAUCUUGUAAUUGACGAUGGCUGGCAAGCCAACGAAAGAGACGCAAAUGGCCGGCAGCAACCCAAUUCAACACUCUUCCCAGACGGCAUUGCUAGAAUCGCAGACUAUGUACACUCCAAGGGCCUUAAACUUGGGAUCUAUAGCGAUGCUGGUAUCUACACCUGUGGGUUCCAGCCCGGUUCCUGGGGUUACGAAGAAUUAGAUGCUGCAACCUAUGCGGAGUGGGGUGUCGAUUAUCUCAAAUACGACAAUUGCGGCGGGUUUGAGUCCGGGACCCACAGUCCAGCGGAAAGAUUCUCGCGAAUGCGCAAUGCGCUUUUGCAGUCUGGAAGAGAUAUCUUUUAUGCUCUUUGCGAGUGGGGCUACCAAUUCCCAUGGUACUGGGCCGAUCAUGUAGCGCAAUCGUAUCGUAUGUCGGGAGACAUCAAACCCUUGUUCCUAGAUGGCCCCGGUGAUUGCGCCUGCAAAACAGCAUACUGUCUCAACACUGGAUAUGCAGGCUGUAGCGUUCUCACCAUAAUUCGCAAAAUGAGAGAGAUCGCACCUUUUGUCCAGGGCGGUGCUGCUUGGGCCGACAUGGAUGGAUUGGAGAUUGGACAUCUGACUCUGGCACAGGAGCGCACUCAACUUUCUUUCUGGGCUGCUCUCAAGAGUCCUCUCAUGAUCAGUACUGAUUUAUCGAGUAUCUCGAACGAAACAUUGACGUUGCUUAUGAACAAACGGAUUUUGGCGAUUUCACAAGACGCAUUGGGGACAGCGGCGCAGUACAUUCCAUCACUGGGCGAGGAACAUUCACACCAGGUUUGGUCAGGACCUCUACAUGGAGGCAGCGCUGUGGUUUUGAUUCUCAAUGAACGCAAUUCGACACAAGACAUAGAAGUACCAUUCGAGAACGUGCCCAAUUUACGAGAAGUUGAGUACGAAAUAGAGGAUGCAUGGUCAGAAGAUCAUGUACUGCUUAAUUCUAAUAGCAGGCGUCGAUUCUCAGUCGAGGCUCAUGAUACGAAGGUGUUGAUUUUCAAACCUUUGUAAAUGUUGGAGGAAGCUUAGGGUACGGUCAUAGUUAAAU